AUGCCAUCUUUCAUGAUGCCCUCAAAGGCGCCAAGGAGGACAAAGUCGGCAGAGUGGCCCGCAAGAAGGGCAUUUGCUUGUGCAGCGGCUCCACCCCGAGAAGUUUGCGGAGCUGUCUACCGAGGUCCACGAGGUGCUUCGUACUUUCAGCGAUUGAAUCAGAGCGAGAAGGACUCUCGCGGGCAAGAUGAUGAAACAUACUAUCUUUGCCUGAGGAAAUGUGCAACGCAAAAAAGAGCAAGCGUUUGA